AUGGUAAAAAUUGCAACUUCCGACACGGUGAAGUGCAGGAUGUUCCCAUCUACGUUUAAGAACGCGACGAUGGUCUGGUUUACGACUUUGCCUCGGGGAUCCAUAGCGAAAUUCCGCGACUUCUCGUCAAAAUUCCUCAUCCAGUUCUCUGCAAGCAAAAUCAAGCAGGUUACGAUUGAAGAUCUGUAUGAUGUUCGACAGUUGGAGCGAGAAACUUUGAAGCAAUACGUGAAGCGGUACAGUGCUGCGUCCGUGAGAAUCGAGGAGUCGGAACUUCAGGCAUGCGCGCGCGCUUUCAAAAAUGGAUUGCUGCCGGGAAAGCUGAACAGCAAGCUGAGUCGGAAACCAACGUGCUCGAUGACGGAAGCUCGCGCCCGGGCGACCGCCUACAUCCUGGAUGAGGAGGACAACGCGUUUAAGAGGAAACGUGUAGAGGCGGAAAAGGUAGGCGGCCGAAGGAUUGUGUCGCUAACGGGGAAACGAGUACGGAGAAAGGGAGCGAACAGUACGCGAAAGGAUAAGAAGGUCGAGAAAUUUGAGCACUUUGAAGGGAAGCGACUUUGUUCGAAGAAGGAGAACCUUGAACGUCUCCGCCCGCGGCGGACAACCGACACUCGCCGGCGUGAGAGGCCAAAAAGAUACUUGAAUGCGGAAUUGGCAAAGCUGCUCCGAGAGGUAGAGGUAACGCAUGUAGUUGUGGAUAGCAAGAACGGAGUCGACUCACGACGGGGGUUGGAAGGCCGGACAAAAUGGUUCGAAUGUCACUGCUUGGAAGGCCACAACACCAGUGAUUGUUUCACGUUGAAAGGCGAGGUUGGAAGGCUGAUAAGGGCGAGGAGAUCGCGAAUAACGGACCGCGAAUCGGACAAGGACUAA